AUCAAAACAAAGGGCCUGGGGGGGGGCGGGUGGAAGGCGGCGGGGCCGGAAUGUGAACCGAGGUGGAGCGGGUGGCUGAGGGUGGAAGAAUGAAAGAGAAGGAAGAUGAGAGAAUGAUGAACCACUUUGUAUGGCUGUAUGAUGGAAGGAAACGGAACUGAGAACCCCUGCAGUAGAACACUUGGAUGGCUUCAACAAGAUAAUGAUGCUAAGCCAUGGCUUUGGAAAUUCUCUAAUUGCUUUUCUCCUCCUGAGCAGACGUUGCCACUUAGCCCCCAAACGAAAGAGUACAUGGAGAACAAGAAAGUUGCUGUGGAAUUAAAGGAUGUACCAUCUCCCCUUCAUGCUGGCUCUAAACUUUUUCCAGCAGUCCCACUGCCUGAUAUUCAUUCUCUUCAGCAACCUAAAAUACAGCUUUCAACUGUCCCCAAAGUAAGCUGCUGUGCUCAUUGCCCUAAUGAACCCUCCACUUCACCAUUGCAUUUUGGUGGUGGUGGUGGCAGUAAUGGAGGUACUGGUAGCUUGAUUCACCCAGCCGCACUCUUAGACUCACAAAGCACCAGGACAGUCACGUGUCAGGUAGGGUCAGGAUUUGCUUUCCAGUCUGCGUCUUUGCUCCAGAAUUCCUCAGCUAGAAAGAGUUUGGCAGGCAUUGCAAGUGACUUCCCCAGCAUGUGUCUAGAGAGUAAAUUAUCUUCUUGCAAACACCUGCCCUGUUGUGGAAAACUCCAUUUCCAAUCAUGUCACAGUAACGUGCACAAGCUGCAUCAGUUUCCAACUCUCCAGGGCUGUACCUCCACUGGCUAUUUCCCUUGUUCUGAUUUCACAAGUGGGGCUCCAGGGCAUUUGGAAGAGCACGUUUCACAGACGGAGCUAACGCCUCACUUGUGCACCAACUCUUUGCACCUAAAUGUGGUACCUCCGGUUUGUUUAAAGGGCUCACUUUACUGCGAAGACUGUCUAAACAAGCCGGCAAGAAAUAGUAUAAUUGAUGCUGCUAAAGUCUGGCCAAAUAUCCCACCUCCAAACACUCAGCCUGCACCUCUCGCGAUCCCUCUGUGUAAUGGCUGUGGAACUAAAGGAGCAGGGAAGGAGACCACCUUGCUGCUGGCGACCAGUCUGGGCAAAGCUGCUUCGAAAUUUGGGUCAUCAGAAGUUGCACUAGCCGGACAGGUGCUAGAAAACCUACCCCCCAUUGGAGUUUUUUGGGAUAUUGAAAACUGCUCAGUUCCCUCUGGUCGGUCAGCCACUACUGUUGUACAGAGAAUCCGUGAAAAGUUUUUUAAAGGCCACAGAGAAGCAGAGUUCAUCUGUGUCUGUGACAUCAGCAAAGAAAACAAAGAAGUUAUUCAAGAGCUGAAUAAUUGCCAGGUAACUGUUGCUCACAUCAAUGCUACUGCAAAGAAUGCUGCUGAUGAUAAACUCCGACAGAGUCUCCGAAGGUUUGCAAAUACUCACACUGCUCCAGCCACUGUGGUUCUUGUGUCAACUGAUGUCAAUUUUGCACUGGAACUUAGUGAUCUGAGACACAGGCAUGGUUUCCACAUAAUUUUGGUCCAUAAAAACCAGGCCUCAGAAGCACUGCUGCAUCAUGCUAACGAGCUCAUCAGAUUUGAAGAGUUCAUUUCAGAUUUGCCCCCCAGGUUACCACUAAAAAUGCCACAGUGCCACACUCUGCUCUAUGUUUAUAACCUACCAGCAAAUAAAGAUGGCAAGAGCAUUAGCAACAGGCUCAGGCGCCUGUCUGAUAAUUGUGGUGGGAAAGUGCUGAGUAUCACAGGCUGCAGUGCAAUUCUCCGCUUCAUAAACCAAGAUAGUGCAGAACGGGCUCAGAAGCGAAUGGAAAAUGAAGAUGUCUUUGGUAAUAGGAUCAUUGUGUCAUUUACUCCCAAAAAUAGAGAACUUUGUGAAGCAAAGAGUUCAAAUACAAUUGCUGAUAAAGUGAAAUCUCCCAAAAAACUUAAGAAUACAAAACUGUGCCUCAUCAAAGAUGCAAGUGAACAAUCUUCCAGUGCCAAACUCAUGCCUGGAAAAGGGUCACAGGCAAAUUCUGGAUCUGCUACAAAAACUACAAAUGUUAAAAGUUUACAGGAGUUGUGCCACAUGGAGUCAAAGACUGGUCAUCGAAGCAGUGAGCACCAGCAUGGUAAUGUGAGGCUGGCACCGCCUUCGCACAGUAACCCAAGCACUGUAGGGCCGACACCAAAAAGCUCGGGGGUGGCAGAGGCGCUUUACAAAAGCAGCCAGAAAAAAGAGACCCUCAGUUCCCGAAGUGUUACCAGUUCUCCUAUAGAGAAAAAAGAUGAAGAGACUGUCUUCCAAGUGAGUUACCCAUCUGCUUUUAGCAAGUUGAUUGCAUCAAGGCAAGUCAGUCCUCUGCUCACAUCUCAGUCUUGGUCUCCUAGCAGGAGUUUGUCUCCAAGCCUUUCAAACAGAGCAUCCCCACUUGCUUUCAACCUUGCCAGUUCCAGCGGUGGAGCCAGCCACCCGGACCCCUUUGCAAAUGGUGCUGACAUCCAGGUCAGCAAUGUAGACUACAGACUGUCCCGGAAGGAGCUGCAGCAGCUCAUCCAGGAGGCAUUUUCCAGGCAUGGCAAGGUGAAGAGUGUUGAGCUCAGCCCCCAUACAGAUUAUCAGCUUAAAGCCACUGUUCAGAUGGAAAACUUACAAGAAGCAAUUGGUGCAGUGAAUAGCCUCCACAGACAUAAGAUUGGCAAUAAGAAGAUUCUGGUCUCACUUGCCACAGGAGCUGCUAAUAAAUCACUCUCUUUACUGAGUGCAGAAACAAUGUCUAUUCUUCAGGAUGCCCCUGCCUGUUGUUUGCCUCUUUUUAAAUUUACAGAUAUCUAUGAAAAAAAGUUUGGACACAAGUUGAAUGUGUCUGAUUUAUAUAAAUUAACAGACACGGUCACAAUACGUGAACAAGGAAACGGGCGGCUGGUAUGUCUCUUACCCAGUAGUCAGGCCCGCCAGAGUCCCCUGGGAUCUUCCCAGUCACAUGACGGCUCCUCCACGAAUUGCAGCCCAAUCAUAUUUGAAGAGUUGGAGUAUCAUGAACCCAUUUGCAGGCAGCAUUGUUCUCAUAAGGACUUCAGUGAACAUGAAUUUGAUCCAGACUCUUACAAGAUUCCUUUUGUGAUUCUUUCUUUGAAGACAUUCGCACCCCAGGUUCACACUCUCCUCCGGACCCAUGAGGGCACUGUGCCUUUAUUAAGCUUUCCAGAUUGCUAUGCUGCAGAGUUUGGUGACCUAGAAUUAGUGCAGGAAAACCAAGGGGGUGUCCCAUUGGAGCACUUCAUCACCUGCAUUCCAGAUGUGAACAUGGGCACUGCUCAGAAUGGCGUCAGAGUGGUGAAGUGGAUUCACGACAAGCCCCCACCUCCCAGCACUGACUCUUGGCUACUGCGCUCUAAAAGUCCUGUAGGUAACCCCCAGCUGAUCCAGUUCAGCAGAGAAGUGAUUGACUUGCUGAAGAACCAACCAUCUUGUGUCAUACCAAUUAGUAAUUUCAUCCCAGCCUAUCACCAUCAUUUUGCAAAGCAAUGCCGAGUUUCUGACUAUGGUUAUUCCAAGCUGAUUGAAUUAUUAGAAGCAGUGCCUCAUGUGUUGCAGAUUCUUGGAAUGGGUUCCAAACGUCUGCUGACCCUUACCCACAGGGCCCAGGUGAAGCGCUUUACUCAGGAUUUACUUAAACUUCUCAAAUCCCAGGCCAGCAAACAGGUCAUUGUGAGAGAAUUUUCACAGGCCUAUCAUUGGUGUUUCUCAAAGGACUGGGAUGUCACUGAGUAUGGUGUUUGUGAGUUGAUUGAUAUCAUAUCAGAGAUUCCAGACACAACCAUCUGCUUGUCCCAACAAGAUAAAGACAUGGUGAUUUGCAUCCCCAAAAGAGAACGUACUCAGGAUGAAAUAGAAAGGACAAAACAGUUCUCCAAAGAUGUUGUUGAUUUGUUACGUCACCAACCCCAUUUCCGGAUGCCCUUUAAUAAAUUUAUCCCCUCUUACCAUCACCACUUUGGCCGGCAGUGUAAACUUGCAUACUAUGGAUUUACCAAACUACUUGAACUAUUUGAAGCCAUACCCGAUAUUCUGCAAGUAUUGGAAUGUGGAGAAGAAAAAAUCCUUACUUUGACAGAGGUUGAACGAUUCAAAGCUCUAGCUGCCCAGUUUGUUAAACUUCUUCGAUCCCAAAAAGAUAACUGCCUUAUGAUGACAGAUCUACUUACAGAGUAUGCUAAAACUUUUGGUUACACAUUUCGUCUCCAAGACUAUGAUGUCAGUUCAAUUUCAGCUUUGACACAGAAACUCUGCCAUGUUGUAAAGGUUGCUGAUAUAGAAUCUGGCAAGCAGAUUCAGUUGAUCAACCGGAAGUCUCUGCGGUCUCUCACUGCCCAGCUCCUGGUACUAUUGAUGUCUUGGGAAGGAACCGCCCAUCUUUCUGUGGAUGAGCUUAAGAGACAUUAUGAAACUACCCAUAGUUCUCCUCUCAACCCCUGUGAAUAUGGAUUCAUGACCUUGACCGAACUUCUGAAGAGUUUGCCUUACUUAGUUGAGGUUUUUACUAAUGAUAAGACAGAGGAAUGUGUGAAGCUCACAAAUCUGUAUUUAUUUGCAAAGAAUGUGCGGUCUUUACUUCAUACUUAUCACUACCAGCAGAUUUUCCUUCAUGAAUUUUCUGUGGCCUAUACCAAGUAUGUUGGAGAAACACUGCAGCCCCAGACAUAUGGCUACAGUAGUGUGGAGGAGCUCUUGGGAGCAAUCCCACAGGUGGUCUGGAUAAAAGGACAUGGUCAUAAGAGAAUUGUAGUGUUAAAAAAUGACAUGAAAAGCCGGCUGAGUUCACUCGGUCUAUCCCCCGCCAGUCAUGAAAACUAUGCUGCAGACAGUGAGCAAAUCCUGGAGGUGCCCGAAUUGGACACAGCCUCAGAACCCCAGCUCGGAGCAGGGCCUAGUGAAACAGAGCAGGAGCUUCUCCGCCUGGCAAGCAGCUCCCCUGUUGACCUGCUGUGUGCGCCUGUCCCUUCAUGCCUGCCAUCCCCUCAGCUGAGACCAGAUCCCGUUAUCCUACAGUCUGCUGAUCUCAUCCAGUUUGAGGAACACCCUCAAGAGCCAUCUGAAAAUAAGAUUUUAAAGCAAGAAGAAAAUAUUGAAAUUCCUGUACCAGUGAAGAAGGAAAACCCACCCUCUGAUUCCAGCUCCUCUUGUGUCACCCCAGUGCCUCCCUAUCCCACCUCAGACACUCCUGAGUCACUGCUCAGCAAGGACCCCGUGGAAAGCCCAGCCAAAAAGCAACCCAAGAAUAGAAUAAAAUUGGCAGCCAACUUUUCCUUUGCACCUAUAACCAAGCUUUAACUCCCAUUUUGAACAUAGAAUUAGGAUGGGGGAAAAAAACUGUCUGAUUCUACACACAAAAAUGGGCUCAAAAAACAUCCUUUUCUGUUUCAGUGAACCCCCCUCAAAAGCCACUUCUUUAGAUGUAUCCCGUGAUGUUUUUGUUUCUUUUACAUUGGAUUCAGCUUUCAGCUGAAGUUUUUUUCUUCCUUCCUCUUUUUUUUCGGUUAUUUGAAAGAACUUCUGACAUUUGUCAAAGAACCUUUAAUAUAUUUUACCAAAUUCUUCUUUAUUAUGAAACGCAGUGGUGGUCCAGAAGAGGGUAAGCAGUGAGAAGUCAGGUAGCAGGAAGUGGUUUGACUUCCAGUGAGCCACGGUGGUGGUGUGACCCUCCGUGUAGCACAGUGGAGCUCCUUGGCUUGCUGGUGUUCCCGACAGUAUUAUCCAAAUGCAUGAUGCGUCUUUGGAACAAAGCCUGUUCUGUGGGCCUGGGCAUUCACACAUUGAAGGUGAAGGGCAGAUGAGAAAAUGAGCUGUUUUCAGGUUGGAAUACGAAGGUUCUUGGCUUCCCUGUGACUUGUAAGUGUCUCUUGUUUUUUAUUUAACAGUGUCUGUAGUCGACAAAUGUGGCUUCAUCACAAAUUUUUUUAAACAUUUCCAUUUUUGGGUUCCAUUUUGGAGCUUUCUAGAAAGUUAAGGAUUUUUACGCUUCCCUUCUACACUGUUCCAGUUUGAGGUGGAUUAGGUUAAGGAAAAGGAGAUGGUCUUGAUGUCAUGAAUUUAAGGUCAACGUUUGAAUUACAGCACACAUCAUUGUGUGUCAAGAGGCAGUAUUGGAAAGAGUCUGAUUUUCUAAAAUAUGCAUCAAAUGCAUAAAUUAUAAAUCAGAGCUGAGUGGUGAAGUACUUUAACAGGAGCAGAAUUGAUACUAUUUCCACUAGGAAGAGACAAGAAUUCUAUCUAUACAUGUGAAGGCCAAGGUUGAUCAACUUAACCUUGUUUUUGUAAUUUUAAAGCAGGUUUUCGUAGCUGGGAAGUUUUUUGUCUGAAGAAGGGUGUGUGGAGGGGUGUGUGUGUGUGUGUGUGUGUCUGUCUGUGUCUGUGUGUCUGUGUGUGUGUGUGUGUUAGCUCAGUGUCUUUUAAUAGCAUCUGUUUUUACUCUUGCUACUUGCUGUUGGAUGCGUGUGUGUGUGUUUGUGUGUGUGUGUGUGUGUGUGUGUGUGUGUGUGUGUGUGUGUGGCCUGAUGCUAGCAUUUGGGAAAAGCCAGCCUUUAGGGGCACUGCCCUGUGGAAUGUCCUUCCUCUGUGGGUGCCAGAGGUGUCUGCCCAAGGGUGGCCUCUCACCCCUGCUGGAGAAACCUGACAUUUACAAUGGAUUGUAUUUGUUGGGCAAAAAAGGCGGAUUCAUUCAUAGAGCAGAAAAACCUGUUGGCGUAAGGUCUUCCACUAGUUAGAUGGUUUCUUUUGGGGACAUGUUUAUGUUUUUUUAGUUUCUAGAAAGCCAAAAAAUGGGCUCUCAUUUGUAUCCAGCAUUUUGAUAAAAUGCCACAAAAUAAAGGCUACAGAAAGAUUUUUAUGAGUUAGGUUUUUGUUCCCCAAACCUUUUAAAUGAAGCCAGUGAUUCCCAGUUCUCAGUACAUGCCCCAGUCAAGACAGAACAACCCUGGAAAACCCUUCUAAAGUAUUAAUGGCACUUUCCAAAUCCUUCUGCAGGCAUUUCCGCUACAGACAUAGUGUUACAGGAAGUAAAAUGCAAAUGUACAAUUUUUAAAAGAUGCUUUUAAACAACAUGAUAAAGUUGGUGUUGAGAACAUCAGUUGCCUUAUACUGAGACUUCAUAAGGCCGAGUUUGCAUGGUUGGACUUCAGUUUUGCUAGCAUGUAGAAAAUUGUGGACUUUAAAAAUGUGUGAGGGACCAUUACAAGUCACUUGGAACAGUCUCAAAGAACAGGUUCUUUGGGCAGCAGAAAAAGGUGUCCUGCACUAUCGUGUGAGUGUUCAUACCAUUUACUGGAGCUGCCAGUUAGCCUGGGACACAUGUGUGACUCACAACUGCUGUUGAAAAAUGUGAAAAUGCAGCAGAAGCACGUUGUGUUCAUGGUGUUGCCCACAGUGGCCAGUCCAGUUCCCAUCUAUUUUUUUAUCCAGAGGCCUAAUUAAAUGAUGACAAAAUGAUGAAUGUACAUUAAUAUGAGAAAGUGCUUUAUUUCUGGAUGGAAAGAUGUACCAGCUGAGAUUUAUCUGUUAAAAAAAAGACAAAAGUUAUCACCAAAAGCCCCUUUCCCAUCUUGCACUGUUUGUUUUGGAUUGGGCUUGGGGAAAGAGAUGUCUUUCUUAACUGUCUAUUUUGUUUGAACACUUUUUUUGUGGUUCAAGUGCUGUUUUGUGUGUUAGGACCAAACAGUUGUCAAUAAACUUUACAAGCAAGCAUCAAAUCGGAGUUUUCCAAGUGAGUGGUUUUCUGUCAGUGUUUUUGUGGGAAGGGAUUAUAAACCAAUCCAGUUCUGUCCUCUUUCAUUUUGUGCACACAGCCCCUCCUCCCUGCGUGCCACUCCUCUUUAGACGUGUGAGAUGGCACAGUGGUGGGGCAUCACAGAGGCCCUCGGCUUGGCAGUCCUCAGGUGGGGACUGGACGACAGCCUGGGCAAGAUCUCGUUUUCCACCCUUCGUUUCAACUCAUUUUCAGGUGGGGAAAUCAACAGCUACGCAAACUUCUGGUUAGAAAACUGGAGCAUUUUUAAGAUCUCCCUCUUGAUUUUUAAAUGAGCCAGUUUGGAAAGGACGUCUUGCAGGUGCGUUGGUAAAGCACCUGUUACCCAGCUCCUGCCACUACCACCCUGGUUAAGAACAUGAAAAGAGGGCCAGGCAUUUAGCUCAGUGGUUCCAACGCCUGCCUUGCAAGCUCAAGGACCGGAAUUCGAUCUCUAGUGCCCCCCCCCAAAAUGAAAGGACCCUAAAAACAUUUGAGUAAAUUGCUUUUUUAAAAACUUCAACAUUAAAAGCUCCUAAAGACCUUUAGCAGUCCUUUCAAGACAUCUUUUCACCCUAGCAAAGUUUUGCAGGAAGUUAUGCCCCUUUCAAGUGGGCCAAGGAGAUCUUUUGAGGGGUACACCACUCUGGAGAGAGACAUGCAGAAGACUGGUCUGAUUUGCCUCUGAAUUAAUAACUCUGAGAGGGGAAUGUUGAAUGUCCUUUCCAGGAGAAUUCGUGGAAUUCUGCCUGGAGACAGGCAGCCCUCAGGAACAGGUUAGGUUGGAAUAUGAUGAAAUCUGAUGACAAAAACCAGAUUAAAGUAGAUUCAGGAGGGAGCUGGAGAGCAGAUAAUGGAAAUAGGGUAUAAAGGGUAAAGAAGGCUGUGAAGAUGUGGAAGACAGGAGUGUAAAAAAAAUGGGAGCUCAGCAAGAACUUGUCUCAGAAUAAGAAAUGAAAAAGGGCUGGGAGGUAGUUGAUGCGAAGGCCCUAGGUUAAAUACCCAGUACAGUGGACCCUUAACAUAUGAACUCCAUUUGUUCUCAUGGGCUGGUUGUAACUCAAGUUAGUUGAUGGAAGUCUCAGGCUCCUCUACACAGCCUUCAAAGUUUCCUGUAUACAAGCAGAUCUGUGUCCUUGGGGAGACAUUGCUCAAGAUUUCUCAGUUAACCCCACACAGGAAAAGUUGUAAUGUUCCUUCCAGAACUCUUUAAGGGUUAAAUCUAUCAGACCAUCUGGAAGCACAAGCGGCUGGCAUUCAGGUUGUAACUCAAGACUUUGUAAAUUAAAACUAAAAUUCUGGUUGUGGGCUGGGGAUUUAUCUCAGUGGCACUGCCUGCCUCACAAGCACAAGGUCCUACGUUCAAUUUUCAGUACUGAAAAAUAAAAUUCCAGUCGUAACCCAAGUUGUUCAUAUUUCAGACCGGUCAUAACUCGAGAGUCCACUGUACCACAAAAAUGGAGGUGAUGGAAUGAAAGGUGGUAUUUUGGGAUUUUUUUAAUGAGGGGGAGGAGAAGAGAGAAAGUUUAUAAACAUGCAAAAAAAGAGACAGGACUAUCAAGGCCAAAGGAGAGAGGGCUGAAUGGUGAGUGUAGCACUAACUGCCUGUGGGACCUUGGGCCAUGGAUUUACUGCCACCUUCUCACCUGUAAUGAGGAAGUCAUAAUGGGAUCUGCCUUGUUGGGCUGAUGUGAGGCGCAAAUGUGCUGAUGUGUGUAUAUUGCUUAAUUCACAGUGAUAAGCUGCAAUAAAUGUGACUUCUAUUAAUGUCUUCCCCAGGCCUUCAACAGGAACGAGUCUGGGCCUGCAGGAUCCCACAGCCUUCAAGGUGUCAGGUUUGCAGCAGCCCCGUGAUCCAGGAGCACAUGAAUUACUACCUUCUUCUGCUCUUCUGUGGAAGUCUAAAUAAAUGUUUGCUUUAAAAAAAAAUCAAUGGAAUAGCAGGAAGCUACAGUAAGCCCUGAUCCAGGGCCUAGUGGAAGUGGUUUUUAUUGAGGAUCCAAUUACCCCAUGGUCUGUCACACUGGUGAGUGACAGCUCUGUGACUGGUCUGAGGUCAGGCCUCCCUGACACACGUUUCCCACCAGAAAGAGAGAGCCAACAGCCCUUUGCGGCCUGAACUUUGACUUAUUGUGAGUUAGAGUGGGAAGGGUCUGUAGUGGGUUUAACAGUGGCUCCCCAAAAUGCGUCUCUACCUGGAACCUCAGACUGUAAUCUCGAUUGGAAAUACGGUCUUUACAGAAGUGAGGUAAAUAGGAUCAAGAUGAGAGAGAGCAUGCAGGAUUCGAAUAGGCCCUAAUUCAGUGACUUGUGUCCUUGUAAGAUGAAGAGAGAACACAGAGACACAGGAGGAGGAGAAGGUCACAUGAAGAGGGGACAGAUUGGACCGAUGAACCCAAGCAAGGCCAAGGAUCCACUAAGAGCUGGAAAAAGCAAAGAAAGCAUCUUCCCUGCAGCCUUGGGAGAGAGCAUGGCUCUGCAGACAUCUUGUUGCUUUUGGCAUCCAGAACCAUGGGAGGCUGGAUUUCUAUUGUUUGAGGCCGCCCAGCUUGAGGUAAUUUGUUACGGCAUCCCUGCGACACCCAUUCAGCCUGGCUUCAUGCUUGGUCUAGGUACAGAAGGAGGUCAGGGUGUCCCUUGCUUGAGUGGCUUGGGAAAUCUCUUCAGCAUCAGAAUGGCAGGAAGCAGUGUGGGGACAAAGCUUGGGCUGAACAGAAACACAUCAGAGACAGAGUGAUGCUGUCCCCUGGAAGGGGCCAUCAAACCGAAGUCUCUGGGGCCCCCAGUCCAACAUACUCGGGGUCAACUCCAAAGCCGCUGUGUGUGGAGACGCCUGUGCAUUCACUUGUGAUCUAGAAAUAUUUUGAAAAUGCUACUCAUUGAUGGCCCAAGACUGUUAUUUCUAAGAGUUUAUCUUGGGCUGGGGAUGUAGCUCAGUGGUAGAGCACUUGCCUAACAUCUAAGGCCCUGGGUCCAGUCCCAAGCACUGAAAAGAAAAAAAGAAAGAGUUUAUCUUAAGGAAAAAUCAGAACUUAAGAUGAAGUUUUACCUCCUCAAGACAUUUAUCAUAACAUUAUUAUAAUACUGAAACCAAGACACUUUGUAAAUGUGAGUCCAGUAAUGAGGAAAUGAGGA